AACUUUACUUUGGUACCCUAGCCCUCAUGGCUUUCUGAGCAGAUAAUAGGCUUUUAAGUAGCAAAGCUCCCUGCUCUCAGAAAGCCCAACACCAUGCGGAAGGGAGACACCCUGGAGGUAGCACCACCCACCUCAGCCUACCGCUCUGUCAUGGAGGAGUAUGGUUACGAGGUGGGCAAGGUCAUUGGCAAUGGCUCCUAUGGGACAGUUUAUGAGGCUUACUACACAAAGCAGAAGAUCAUGGUGGCUGUCAAGAUCAUCUCAAAGAAGAAGGCCUCUGAGGACUACCUUAACAAGUUCCUGCCCCGUGAGAUACAGGUAAUGAAGGUCCUGCGGCACAAGUACCUCAUCAACUUCUAUCAGGCCAUCGAGACCACAUCCCGAGUAUACAUCAUUCUGGAGCUGGCUCAGGGUGGUGACGUCCUUGAAUGGAUCCAGCACUAUGGGGCUUGCUCUGAGCCCCAUGCUGGCAAGUGGUUCUCCCAGAUGACCCUGGGCAUCGCCUACCUGCACAGCAAGGGCAUCGUGCACCGCCUGACCCCCAGCCUUUCUGCUGCUGGUAGGGACUUAAAGUUGGAGAACCUGUUGCUGGACAAGUGGGAGAACGUGAAGAUAUCGGACUUUGGCUUCGCCAAGAUGGUGCCUUCUAACCAGACUGUGCGUGGUAGCUCUUCUUACCGCCAUAUGAACUGCUUUACCCACCUCAGCCGGACCUACUGUGGCAGCUUUGCUUAUGCCUGCCCGGAGAUCUUGCUGGGCUUGCCCUACAACCCUUUCCUGUCUGACACCUGGAGCAUGGGCGUCAUCCUCUACACUCUAGUGGUGGCCCGGCUGCCCUUUGAUGACACCAAUCUCUUAAAGCUGCUGAAAGAGACUCAAAAGGAGGUCACUUUUCCACCUAACUACUCCAUCUCCCAGGAGUGCAAGAACCUGGUCUUCCAGACGCUAUGCCAAGCCACCAAGCGUGCCACCAUCCUGGACAUCAUCAAGGAUCCUUGGGUGCUCAAGUUCCAGCCUGAGCAACCCACCCAUGAGAUCAGGCUGCUUGAGGCCAUGUGCCAACCCCCCAGCACCACUAAUCGGCACCAGUCCUUGGAAAUCAAUACCUAAAAGUGGUUAAGGGAGGGAGUUGAGAGAGGAGCAAAGCAGGAGGGUCUGGGGCUAACGAUCUUUUCUACCAAAAAUAAAUCUAUACCUGAUUUAGUUUCAUCAGCUGGAGUCAAAGACACUCUUUCCUCAAGGGAACUAGCAGGGAACACUACUGAGUCCAAGAGGUGGAUUUCUAACCAGUCUGUAACUGGUCAUCUUGACACCUAUUAAAGUCAACACUGUAAUUCAGUAUAUAGCUCACAUGUGGCUCAGGGGGAGAGGGUGCUCAGAUGA